UUGGAAGAGAAAGUCGAAGAUUAUUUAGCGCAGUGUUUAUCCUCGACGAGCUGUCUCUUUUUUUCUCACCCAAAUAGAAACUUAACAACUCUUGACAAUGGCAAACAAGGGUCCUUCCUACGGGUUAUCAGCGGAAGUCAAAAAUAAGAUCGCACAGAAGUAUGACACUCAGAAAGAGGAGGAGCUGAGGAUCUGGAUCGAAGACAUUACUGGUGUUAGCAUCGGCCCCGACUUCCAGAAAGGCCUGAAAAAUGGAGUCAUUCUGUGCGACCUUAUCAACAAACUUGCCCCAGGCUCUGUGAAAAGGGUCAACCACUCAGCGCUGAACUGGCAUCAGCUGGAGAACCUGACGCACUUCAUCAGAGCCAUUUCAUUGUACGGCCUGAAGCCUCAUGACCUUUUCGAAGCCAAUGACUUGUUUGAGAACGGCAACAUGACGCAGGUCCAGACAACGCUGCUCGCGCUUGCUAGCAUGGCCAAGACCAAGGGCUGCCAGUCACGGGUGGACAUUGGAGUGAAGUACUCUGACAAGCACGAGAGGAUGUUUGAUGAAGAGACAAUGAAGGCUGGACAUAAAGUUAUUGGCCUACAGAUGGGGACCAACAAGUGUGCCAGUCAGACUGGUAUGACAGCAUAUGGCACCAGGAGGCACUUAUACGACCCCAAUGUCAAAGAGACCCCCAUGGACCACACAACCAUCAGUCUGCAAAUGGGAACCAACAAGGGAGCGAGCCAGGCUGGGAUGACUGCUCCAGGGACAAGGCGUUCAGUUUACGACAGCAAGCUGUGCACAGAGAAGUGUGACAACAGCUCCAUGUCCCUACAGAUGGGCUAUAAAGACGGAGCCAACCAGAAGGGCCUGAUCUUUGGUCUGGGACGGCAGAUCUAUGACCCCAAGUACUGUCCUCAAGCUGGAGAGAGUAGAGAUGAUCAAAACGGGGCAGGCGUUGCAGCUGACUAUCUCCCAGAUUACCAAGAUGAGGGUUAUCAAGGUUACCAGGAAGAGGAGCAGGUGUACCAAGAAGAUGGGACAGAUUAUUAGGAGGAGGGAGGGAGCUGAGUAAGGGAAAGAGAAUUUCUAAAGGAGGCAGAACAAAACCCUGAAGCUGCCUGCCUUGAGGGCUAAUUUUACACCUUUUUUUUUUUUUUUGGUUAUAUCCUUUUUUAGUAUUGUAUGAAAUUGUUUUCUAACCCCCUAUUUGUGCAAAACCAAUAUUACACAUAUCAUGAUGAACUGUAUUUCUGUGAUUUUUGUAUUUAAGUGACCACAAAAGCCAAUCUUUUUGGCUUAGCUAGUUCUCUAUCCCAGGGAUUUUUUAUGUGCCAAAACCCUACCUUUUUUUUUCCAGUUACAUUAAGGGAGAUUCCUUUAUUUUUCUAAGGGCAACAUGAAACUAAAAGUGAAAUAUUAGGGAGUUUUUAAAGAACAUUUUAAUGUGUAUCAUGUUUUGAUCAAAACACCCAUGCUUGUUUUUAUAUCUGUUUUUGCUGUUUCAUCUGUAAAAAAACAAAAACAAAACAUAAUUCCUGUGAAUGUACAUUUGAUACUUGUUCAGUAUCUUCUUCAUCCCCUCAGUAUUGAUUAUAGGCAAACAUAGUGAGCACUUCUGGUUCAUAUGAGGGAACUUUUUUUCAUGAACAAACAAGUCGUACUUUUUCAUAUUCUGUCUCUUCUCUCAUUCAUUUCAUUUUUGUUUUUUUGUUUUUUUUAAUGGACAAAAUAUUUCCUUUGUUUGCAUAACCAGUCCAACUGGAGUUAAGCUUGUUUUCUUUGGAUUAAAGUCUGCGGGGGAGCGGAUACAAUAACAGGAGUGAAGUUUUGAACAUUCCAAGUGAGAAUACUGGAUACUUUAUUGUCAGUGAGUUAUGUUGAAAGGGGCAGUGUGCAGGCCUGACGGGGAGCUAUUGGCAGAAAUUGAAUAUAAUAUUCAUCAUGUUAAUCACCUGAGACGAGGAAUCGUGUUUUUGUCAGCUUUGAAUGAGCCGUUUAUAUCUACACAGGGAGCGGGUUCUCUUUCACAGAGUCUGCAAUGUUGCACCACCAUGUUUCUACAGUGGCCCAGAACAGACAAACCAAACUCUCUCUCUCUCUCUAGAGUGGUCCAUUUUGCGUUUUUAUGUCACCUGAAGGCCACCGUAGGUUUCGAAAGGGUUAUUCAGUUGGUUGCAAUCUGCUACCUCACCACUAGAUGCCACUAAAUCCUGCACACUGCUCCUUUAAGGUCAUUGAUCUUAAAUAUUGGUUGAUAAGUGAACAGAUCAUACAAAUGUAUUUGAUCAUUAAAGAUUAUUAUUUAUGCAUAUUUGUGAUUUGAAUUGGGGGUUGUUUGUAUCUUGAACUCUGAAUAACUUUUUGUAUUGGACUAUACUUUUUUCUCUGGAGUAAUCAUUAUGCCAGUGGGAAAAGAAAGAAUUGAGAAGUAUGUUUUUGUGAAUACAGUGUAAUAAAGAUGUGUAUUCAUUA